AUGUCUGGGCUACUUCUGAUCUUGUGUGCCAAGCAUAAAAUGGAGGUUCGCGAUGUCGCUUUGGCUAGCUCCAAAAUGUUUACCAAGACCGGAAUGGCUCGCGUGAAGGACCUGAGACGAACAUGGAAAUAUCAAGUGGGUCGACACACCGAGUCAACACGAACACUCGACCACGGCCAUCCGCUGAAGUAUUCUCCAAAUCGGCGGCGUCAACCUAAUAUGUGCCCACCUGUGAAGGACGAUGGUUCCACACCGAGAAGAUGGAUGGAAGAGCUUUACUUGGUGCGAGUCGGAGGAGCCGGCAGCUUGGAGAAUGGAGCUCCUCACAUCUCCGAGUUGUCCGAUUCGGGUCUAUUGGAGGGGCGGGUUCGUUUUAGUUGGGGAUGGAGAAGGCUGAAGCAAGUACUGAGGUCUACCGAGUCUGUACCGUUUCUCGGCCUGUUCGCCUAUGUUGGACUGGUAUAUGAAUAUUAA